CGUCAAUCGGAGAGAACCGUUGCCGAAAAAUGUACGGAACUAGUCCCAUAGUGUAGCUUCAAUAUGUAUCUGAACGGUCAGAUCGCGGUCGCUGGUCCGCAGCCCUUUGUGAGUUUCCUGAACGAGAGCACCAACGAUGGCAGCGGACCUGUGCUGCACAUGGGACACGAUUAUCCGCCGGAACUACAACACAUGAUACACGCCCAUUGGCGGGGAUUUCGUAUGCCGCCCAUAUAUUAUAGAGCCUUCGUCUAUAUCGCCUUCUUUGUGCUAAUGAUACUGAAUAUAUUUGGUAAUGGUCUGGUUAUCUGGAUAUUCUCCACCUCCAAGUCUCUGCGCACUCCCUCCAACCUGCUAAUACUUAAUCUGGCCAUCUUCGAUCUCUUCAUGUGCACCAACAUGCCGCACUAUUUGAUCAACGGCGCCUUGGGAUAUAUAGCUGGUGGUGAUCUGGGCUGCGAUAUCUAUGCUCUGAACGGUGGCAUAUCGGGAAUGGGUGCCUCCAUAACGAAUGCAUUUAUUGCCUUCGAUCGUUAUAAGACCAUCUCGAAUCCCAUUGACGGUCGCUUGGGUUACGGACAAAUUAUAAUGUUGAUUAUAUUGUCCUGGUUCUGGGCCACGCCGUUUUCAGUGUUCCCCUUGUUCCAGAUAUGGGGGCGUUACAUACCAGAGGGCUUUCUUACCACCUGCAGCUUCGAUUAUCUCACAGACAGCGAGGAGAAUCGCUACUUCGUUCGCGCCAUUUUCAUUUGGUCCUACGCCAUACCGAUGGCCUUGAUACUUACCUCCUAUUACAAGCUUUUCACGCACGUGCGAACUCACGAACGCAUGUUGGCCGAUCAGGCCAAGAAAAUGAAUGUCAAAUCGUUGGCGGCUAAUGCCAACGAUAGCAUGAGUGUGGAAUUACGGAUUGCGAAGGCGGCUCUGAUUAUCUAUAUGCUGUUUAUACUGGCAUGGACGCCCUAUUCGGUGGUCACGCUAAUCGGCUGUUUUGGCGAGCAACAAUUAAUAACGCCCUUCAUUUCCAUGUUGCCUGGUAUGACAGCCAAAUCGGUAUCCUGUCUGGAUCCAUGGGUCUACGCCACAAGUCAUCCAAAGUAUCGCUUGGAGCUGGAGCGUCGCCUGCCUUGGCUGGGAAUUCGCGAGCGGCAGGUCAGUACGGGCUCCACGGCUGGCCAGGAGAGUGUAGCGAGCGUGAGCGGCGAAACUUUGGCGAUGAGUGUACAAAAUUAAGGCAUUUGACAUUAAACUGAUAUGCGAUGCGAAUGACGAGAUUACGCAUAUUUUUAAGCUGCAAUGAACUACAAAAAAGUUCCAAAAAUAAAACAAAAAAGUUGGCAUUGAAAAUAAUAAAGUUUCUGUUGAUAGUAAAAUACCGUCAAAAAA